GGGGAAAAGAAGAGAGGAAAGAAAACGCUGCGCGUGCUAAGAGGGGAUGCUCAGACUCUUCUUCCUUCACCCUGUGUCUACUCUCCCUUCGUUUUCUGUCGCUAAAAGGCUCUCCCGUCAAAUCUUAUCUUUAACCAGAUAAUUCUCACACGUAAAUCUUCCCCUACCUCCAUGUCCAUCAACUUAGCGUCCCACGUUUUUGCUGGCAGCCCUCUAACAUCCAAAUCCUCAAAUCCGGGCAAUCCGUUUUCGCCUACGGCAGGUCUUGAAACCAUUAAAGCCAGUCUAUCGGACAACAAACAAUCUGCAUGCUCUUCUAAUUUCAAAGUUUUGCUUUUCAAUUGCGGGAGGCCCUUGGCCUCUUCGAUUUCUGUUUCCGUUGAUUCGCCGCCGGUUUGGAAUCUGGGUUGGAUCAGUUUAGAUGAUCUCAUCAGGCUCUUGGAAAGUACUGGUGUUCAACUGAGCGGAGACCAGUUUGUAUAUCUGGGUUCGCGCGCUGACGACAACGUAGUUUACUGGGCAAUCGAUGUUUCUGCUGAGCGCAGCCUGGUGCCUUUAUUAAGAAGCAAGCAGUUUUGUUUUGUGGAGCUUCGAACGCUCAUGGUGGCCACUGAUUGGGCGGACCUGCAAGCUAUGGGGAACUUGGCUAUUGCUGGUCAUGCCAGAGCACUGCUGGAAUGGCAUAAUUUAUCACGUUUCUGUGGACAUUGUGGAGAGAAAACGCUUCCUAUUGAUGCUGGGAGGCGGAAGCAAUGUUCAAAUGAAUCUUGCAAAAAAAAGAUAUAUCCACGAGUUGACCCGGUGGUAAUUAUGUUAGUCAUUGAUAGAGAAAAUGACCGUGCCCUUUUGAGUAAACAAUCAAGAUUUAUACCAAGGAUGUGGAGCUGCUUAGCGGGUUUUAUAGAGCCAGGAGAAAGUUUAGAGGAGGCUGUGCGAAGAGAAACAUGGGAGGAGACUGGUAUUGAAGUGGGAGAAGUGGCGUAUCACAGUUCUCAGCCCUGGCCUGUUGGACCGAGCAGCAUGCCAUACCAACUCAUGAUUGGGUUCUUUGCGUGUGCGAAAUCCCUUGAAAUAAAUGUGGACAAGAAGGAGUUAGAAGAUGCUAAGUGGCACAGCAGAGAAAACGUGAGAAAAGCUUUGACAUUUGCUGAGUACAAGAAGGCCCAAAGAACGGCAGCAGCUAAGGUAGAACAAAUGUGCAUCGGAGUGGAAAAGAACCAGAACUUGGCUGCAGAUUUCAACGUGGAAAGUGGGGAACUUGCUCCUAUGUUUGUUCCUGGACCCUUUGCAAUAGCGCAUCAUCUUAUUUCGUCUUGGGCCUUCCAGGAUCGAGAUCCAGAGAAUAGUGCUGAAUGCCAUUCUAAACAACCCAGCAGCUCUCUGUCAAAUUUGUAAUAAUCAAGAGAGAUUUGGAUCCAAAGCCCAGCCUUAUUACUGUGGGGUAUCAAUUGAAGGGAGUGGGCUGAUUAUGCGGGUGAGACAUAAUUUUUCAAGGACCGGCGGUAGUACAUAAUUUUUUAAAAAUAUUUUUAAAAUAUUAUGGCUAUUUAUUAAAAUCUUCACUUCCAAGAAAAUAAAAAUGAUAAUUAUUAUUUGCAUUAGAUAUAUUAGUUUAUCCAAUCAAGUUGUUUCUAAGAGAUCGCAAAUAAAUAGUUAUAAAAGUUGAGCAUUUGUACGAAUAUAAUAAAUUGUUUCCAAUAAAAGUUGUAAAUGGGUUAAUGAAA